UAUAUGAGGCCGCGCUCGGGCCCCACGCGGACCCGCGGCUGCGAGCGUCCCCGCGCCCCGACCGCGGCCGACCCGAGCCACGCCGGCGCCGCGCAGCCGUGUGCGCCCCGCGCCCGCCAGGGACGCGUCCGGGCCCGCCGCGGGCACCAUGGGCGCUGCCCACUCCGCGUCGGCCGAGGUGCGGGAGCUCGAGGGCAAGACCGGCUUCUCGUCGGAUCAGAUCGAGCAGCUUCACCGGAGGUUUAAGCAGCUGAGUGGAGACCAGCCCACCAUUCGCAAGGAGAACUUCAACAACGUCCCCGACCUGGAGCUCAACCCGAUCCGAUCCAAAAUCGUUCGUGCCUUCUUUGACAACAGGAACCUGCGCAAGGGUCCCAGCGGCCUGGCGGACGAGAUCAACUUCGAGGACUUCCUGACCAUCAUGUCCUACUUCCGGCCCAUCGACCCCACCUUGGGGGAGGAGCAGGUGGAGCUGUACCGGAAGGAGAAGCUGAGAUUCCUGUUCCACAUGUACGACUCGGACAGCGACGGCCGCAUCACGCUGGAGGAGUAUCGAAAUGUGGUGGAGGAGCUGCUCUCGGGGAACCCCCACAUCGAGAAGGACUCCGCGCGCUCCAUCGCCGACGGGGCCAUGAUGGAGGCGGCCAGCGUGUGCGUGGGGCAGAUGGAGCCCGAUCAGGUGUACGAGGGGAUCACCUUCGAAGACUUCCUGAAGAUCUGGCAGGGGAUUGACAUCGAGACCAAGAUGCACAUCCGCUUCCUCAACAUGGAAACCAUGGCCCUCUGCCACUGACCCGCGCGCCGGGGAGAGACCGCGCUCAGCCCCGGGCAGCGCCCCUCGCUCUGGCACAGCGCAGGCCUGGAGGGGACGGCCUUUUGCUACGGCUCGUGUAAAUAGCCAGCACCCAUCCACUCAUCUCAUGUCUCGUAGGGUACGGUACGUGGGACUCUGCUGUUUUUAUCUCUAAUAAAAAAAGGAAAAAAAAAAGGUUUGUUA